AUGGUUCCAAAAAAGUCAACAGGGCAGUGGAGGAUGUGUGUAGACUACUCAAAUCUCAACAGGGCAUGCCCAAAUGACAGCUUCCCGCUCCCACGAAUAGACCAACUGGUGGAUUCCACGUCUAGAUUCGAAUUGUUAAGCUUCAUGGACGCCUAUGCGGGCUAUAACCAGAUCCGGAUGGAUCCAAGAGAUGAGGAGCAUACAACUUUCACGACCGAUAGGGGCCUUUAUUGCUAUAAGGUAAUGCCUUUCAGACUGAAGAAUGCGGGAGCGACUUACCAGCGACUGAUGAAUAUCAUGUUCGCCGAGUACCUCAGGAAAAUAAUGGAGGUAUAUGUCGAUGACAUGCUGGUCAAAAGUCUAAAGGCCGAGGAGCAUAUAGGGCAUCUCGAGAAGGUCUUCGAGGUCAUAAUGAGAUUCGUGAUGAGAUUGAACCCUCAGAAAUGCAUCUUCAGGGUUGUCAAAGGAAAAUUCCUGGGACAUAUAAUUAGCAGGAGGGGGAUUGAAGCCAACCCGGAAAAGAUCCAAGCCAUAUUGGACAUGGAAAGGCCCAAGGAGAGGAACGAAGUGAGUUCAUUGGCCGGGAAGAUUUUUGCCCUUGCCAGAUUUGUGUCACGGCUCACGGAUAAGUGUGCCCCUUUCUUUCGGUUGCUGAAAGACCAACGGUGUAAGGAGAUAGUAUGGGGACCCGAGCAGGAGGAAGCAUUCAUACAGAUAAAGGCAUACCUCACGUCCGCGCCGGUUUUGUCAAACCCAAUCCCAGGCGAGAUGCUUUACCUGUAUAUCGCGGCUUCACAGUCAGCAGUUAGCUCGGUCUUGAUAAGGAAAGAGUCUGAUGUCGAGCACGCUGUAUUUUACGCCGGGAAGGGGUUCACACCGGCCGAGAGCAGGCAAAUUAUGCAAAAGCCAGAAAUCAGUGGGAGGCUGGUGAAAUGGGCAAUAGAGCUGGGGGAAUUUGAUAUCCAUUACCAGCCGAGAGUGGCAAUCAAGGGCCAAGCAGCGGCUGACUUUAUAUCAGAGCUCACACCCUUGAAAGUUGUAGGAGAGUCCUCUGAGCCCGCUCCCACGAAAGUUGUGGGAGUGUCCUCUGAGACCAGCCGGGAGGACAAUGGUCCCGGAGCGGAUAAGGAGAUGCACAGCGAGAAGCCACCGGCUCAACUCUGGAGACUUUAUGUGGACGGCUCGGUGAUGAGAAAUAAAAGCGGGACGGGAAUAAUAUUAGAGACUCCCGAUGAAUUCAAACAUAAAUACGCCCUAGAAUUCCAAUUCAAUGCAUCAAACAAUGCGGCUGAGUACGAAACUUUAAUCGGGGGAUUGCAACUCGCCCGGGGCAUCGGAGUGGAAAGAGUGGAAGUAUUUAGUGAUUCACAGUUGGUUGUAAAUCAGGUCAACGGGAGCUUUGAAGCUAAGGAGCCUCAGUUGCACUCUUACCAAACAUUAUCAAAAGCCUUCAUGCAACGUUUUAAAUCGGCCUCUCUCUCUCACAUCCCCCGGAAAGCAAACCGUCAUGCAGAUGCCCUCGCCCGGCUAGCCACCGAAGGGCCUGGGAAAGGCAGAAAGAAGGCAAGGAUUGAGGUGCUUAGGCAGCCUAGUGUCAGUAAGACAAUCUCUGAGAUAUUCAUGGUCGAGGCGGGACCCGGAGAGCCAACGUGGAUGGACCCCAUAAUCGAGUUCAUGAAGGCAGGGGUACGCCUGGAGGACAGGCGGCAGGCACGAAAGUUGCAAUCGAGAUGUGCUAGGUACACCCUCAUGAACGGGAAGUUAUACCGCAUAGGUUACAAUCUCUCAAACCUCAGGUGCGUGACAGAGGAAGAAGGAGAAGUGAUCAUGGGAGAAAUCCAUGAAAGGGUGUGCGGGAAUCAUUCUCGAUCCCGGUCGUUAGCACACAAAGCGUUACACACAGGGUUCUUCUGGCCCAACAUGGGCGCCAUGGCGGAUAAGAUGUCGGCGAGAUGCCGUAAAUGCCAUUUGCACGCCAACGGGAUACAUUCCCCUUCCAUUGCCCUAUCAAUAUUGUUGUCACCCUGGCCUUUUGCACAGUGGGGCCUUGGUCUCAUUGGGAUACUGCCUACGGCUCCGGGCCAGUUCAAAUUCGGGGUCCAGGAGACAAUCGUCACUGACAAUGGCACACAAUUCAAUAAUAACCAUAUGAUUGAAUUCACGAAGGGCAUGGGUACCAAGAUGGUCUUCGCGUCGGUGGCGCACCCGUAG